CGCUGCCAUGGCGGCAGCUCCGCCGCUCUCCAAGGCUGAGUAUCUGAAGCGUUACUUGUCUGGGACAGAUGCUGGCUUGGAAGGAGGUCCAGAGUCCGGUCGCAAGCGGCGCAAAAAACGGCCGAAGCCGGGAGGCGCUGGCGGCAAGGGAAUGCGGAUCGUUGAUGAUGAUGUGGGCUGGGCGGCUAUCUCUACCGAUAAGCUAGAAAAGGAGGAGGAGGAGGAUGGAGAUUUGCCUGUGGUGGCCGAGUUUGUGGAUGAGCGUCCAGAAGAGGUAAAGCAGAUGGAGGCCUUCCGCUCCAGUACCAAGUGGAAGCUUCUGGGAGGCUACAGUGAAGAUGGACAUUUUCAUAAUGAUGACCAAGAUCCAUCUCCUCCCAGGAAGGCCCGUCAUGAUACCCCAGAUGCAUCUCCUCCCAGGAGGGUCCGUCAUGGCACCCCGGAGCCAUCUCCCCCAAGGAGGGUCCGCCAUGACACCCCGGAUCCUUCUCCCCCAAGGAGGGUCCGCCAUGACAGCCCGGAUCCAUCUCCCACAAGGAGGGGCCAUGACAGCCCGGAUCCAUCUCCCACAAGGAGGGUCCACCAUGACAGCCCGGAUCCAUCUCCCCCAAGGAGGGUCCGCCAUGAUACCCCAGAUCCAUCUCCCCCAAGGAGGGUCCGCCAUGACACCCCGGAUCCUUCUCCCCCAAGGAGGGUCCGCCAUGACUCAGAUGCUUCUCCCCCCAGGAGGUCUCAUCGUAAUUCUUCAGCUGUAUCUCCUAAGAGAGGCCAUCAUGGUUCCUCAGGCACCUCAUCCCCAAGACAGGCCCAUAACCACUCCCCUGCUGCAGCCCAGCAUAGAAGGACUCUUGACUCUUCUGGUGCGCAGCACCACAGGAGGGCCCGUCACGAUUCCCCUGAUUUGGAACUGCCUAAAGCCAAGAGUAGCAAAGCUGCAGAAAGACCCUCUAGCAAGACAGUAUCCCAGAGUGGGCUAGGACCCCCACACCCAUCACUCUCCAUGAACAGCAAGUACGAGCAUGACUCUGACCUUUCUCCUCCACGGAAACGGCAAGCAAAGGCCCAUUUUGGAGCCAAGAAGCAGCUUGACUCUAAAGGUGUCUGCCAAAAAGCAUCUGAUUCAGAUCUUUCUCCUCCACGGAAAAACAGUAAGUCAGGGCACCAGGAUUCUGAUUCAGAUCUGUCACCACCACGGAAUAGACCAAGACGCCAAAGCUCUGACUCUGACCUCUCUCCACCACGGAGAAGACAGAGGACCAAAUCUUCCGACUCUGACCUCUCUCCACCUCGAAGGAGUCCCCGUUCUGGGAAGAAGACUCCACACAUGUAUUCCGGAGCAAAAACUGGGUUGGUCGCCGAUGUUCAGCGGGAGCAUCAGGAGCUCAAGAAACAGGACCAAGACGCCACCGACCUCGGAGCUCAGUUUGAAUUCACUGAAACUGUAUUUCGAGACAAGUCUGGUCGGAAGAGGAAUUUGAAGCUGGAGCGCUUGGAACAGAGGAGAAAAGCAGAGAAAGACUCAGAGCGAGAUGAGCUGUAUGCUCAGUGGGGGAAAGGGCUUGCCCAGAGCCGGCAGCAGCAACAGAAUGUAGAAGACGCAAUGAAGGAGAUGCAGAAACCUCUGGCUCGCUACAUAGAUGAUGAAGAUCUAGAUCGGAUGCUGAGAGAGCAAGAAAGAGAAGGGGACCCGAUGGCCAACUUCAUUAAGAAGAAUAAAGCUAAGGAGAACAAGAAUAAGAAAGUGAGGCCUCGCUACAAUGGUCCUGCUCCUCCUCCCAAUAGAUUCAACAUUUGGCCGGGGUAUCGCUGGGAUGGAGUGGACAGAUCCAAUGGCUUUGAACAGAAGCGCUUUGCCAGGCUUGCCAGCAAGAAAGCUGUGGAGGAGCUUGCCUACAAGUGGAGUGUUGAGGACAUGUGACCUCCUGAGGCCGUGCGAUGCUGAGGUGCCUGUAGCAGCACCUCGCACCCAGCUCUAAUGGAGUCUUGCUAAGAGACACGGACAGCAACUUGCUGUCACUCUGACCUUUGGGCUAGACACCUAAUCUUGGCUGUGUCCUAUGUGUCUGUUGUUUUGGCAGGACACGGUGACUUCUUUAUCCCAGUGUUUGUUCUUGGCCAGUGCUUUUCUUUUUCUUAAAAAUAAACACAUAUUUAUUUUUUGUAA